CAUUGUUAAGGACGCGGUGGAAUGUGAUGGUUUGAUCUCAAACGGACCAGGGAGGGGAAUAUCCGAGAGGAAAGGACCAACGAAAGGGUUUGAGGUAACGGCAGAAAAAAAAACCCCCCCCCCCCGUCGCCUCCAACUCUGGUUUUGUCUGAGAAUAUGUGGAUGAACUUGUCCCGGACGCUUCGGCUGCAGCGAAUCCCACCGUCCGCAUGAGCCCGACCCGUUUCAAGUUGCGGAUUUACCGCUGCUGUUUUCUGACCCUGCGGUGGAGUCGCUAAGGAUGGAGGGUUUGUUGGAGGAGCUUUACCCGCUUAUAACAAAAAGAUACAUCGAAAAUAAAAUACCAGAUGUGUCUGCUUAACACCACAUUGAGGAAAUUUUGAAAUCUUAAAGACUCAGUUGGGAAAACGCAACAAGACAGAGAAAAUAGCUUUUCCUGCAGAGCCUUAAAGACUUGCUCGCACUACCACACAGAUGUGGAACCCUGGACAUUUUGUCAUCAAAUAACCUGGAAGACGACACAAACCCAACAAAAUACGCUACGAAAGUUUGCAGCCAUGUCUGAUCAUAAAGACAUGACCCAUCGCCACCUGAAGCACAAGCUACAGAGUCUUGGCCGAAGACUGGAUGAACUGGAAGAAGCAACAAACAAGCUCCAAAAGUCGGAGGAUGAGCUGCUUGACCUGCAGGACAAGGUCAUCCAAGCAGAGGGCAGCAACUCCUCACUUCUUGGUGACGUGGAAACGCUGAGGAAACGUCUUUUGAAGAUCCAGGGUAAAGAUGAGGAGGUACGCAAAGCUGAGGACCUGUGCCGCACAGUUAGAGAGAAACUGGAAGAGGAGGAGAACCUUACAAAGGAGCUAAAGGCUGAGAUUGAACGUCUGCAGCGGAGGAUGGCAGAACUGGAGAAACUGGAAGAAGCUUUUGCUAAAAGCAAGUCUGACUGCAGCCAACUCUGCCUUAGCCUCAAUGAGGAGAAGAAUGUGACCAAGAAGCUCUCAUCUGAGCUGGAAACGCUAAAAGCACGUUUGAAAGAGAUGGAGGGUUCAGAAACAAAGCUGGACAGAGCAGAGCAAGCUUUGGCUGUGGAGCUUGAGAAACUCAAGGGAUUCACUCAGGCCUUUGUGAGUGAGCGUAAGAGGCUGUUGGAGAAGCAGCGAGAGGAUGAGAAGCUCAUUCUAAAGCUGAAAGAAAAGCUGGACCACCAGAAGAACCGCCUCGGCAUGUCGACAGACCCUGGUCAUGCAGAUCUCAUGAGGUCAAGAAUUGAGGAUGAACUGUCAUCCACAGGGCUCUUUUCAAGUAAACUGCCCGGAUGCAAGAAGAGCUUUGAUUACUUAAAACUGGCUGAUGAGAACAUUGGUAUUGUCAACAAAUCUGAGAAUGAGAAGAACAGCAGUCUUGAUGGCUCUCAAGAGGAGGACAACAAAGCAAAGGAGCUGACGCUAGAAAUAGAGAGGCUAAAGAAUCGCCUUAAACAGCUGGAAAUAGUGGAAGAGGAUUUGAAGAACUCUGAGUCCAAAAAUGGUGAACUUCAUGAGAAGUUCCAGAUGGAACGAAACCGAGUUCGCCUACUCAGCGAGCAGGUGGAACAGCUAAGGACGCAGCUGUGCGGAAAAGGUGGAAUUGGGGGGAAUGGAAUUGGUAACAUGGAUAAAGAAGGCAAUGAAAGCACUAACAUUUGUCUCAACAGCCCUGUUAAGGUCCUGGAGAAUGGCAAAGCUGAUAAUGAGGAGAUCACUGUGAAGGGAAGUUACAGACAUGAGAAGCCUAAAUAUAGAAGUGCUGCAACUGUCUCAGAACCAAGCUCCCCCAAGCACAGGAACAGGGAGCUCUCUCCUCAGCAUAAGAGAGAAACCAAACUGAGAAGCAAGGAGCUCAGUCAAUCUGAGGAGAGUUCUCCAAAGUCUGUUAGGAGAGCUCUCAGUCCUGCUCACAAGAGCAGAAGGACGCCUAAAACCCCAGCUGCUACAUUUUCUUCUGAUAAUGGAAUAAGAGAGACUCCUCGAGUUACUGAGGAAAAGACAAGAGGAGCCUCAUACACCUCUGUACAUGCAUCUACUGAUGUUAAGAAAGUGUCUGUACUUAGUCGCUACCCUCCAGCAGCUAAUGACCACAAACCACAGAGGACAGCGCUUAAGCAACCUGAUGGGGAGAUAAAAAAGAGCAGAGAAAAGUUUUCAAAACUGUAUGUAGGUAGUGAUAGUGAGUCAAACAACUCUGAUGUAGUACCUGACAGCUCCUGCAACAUCAACAACAGCUCUGCACUUGAGAAGGAAACAGUUUCUGUCUCUGAUCAGGAAUCAGUGGAUCAUGUUCAAGAAUCUGUCUCUGUAUCUGUGGCAUCCACCCUAUCCAAAGCUAAUGGAUCUUACACGGCCUACAGAUCUCACAUUACUCCACUGCUGCCCAAUGAUCACGGGUCCGAGGGUCAUUCCUCUGCCUCUGAAACAGAAUCUACGAGCUCCAGGCCUUCUGAACCAGAACCAGUAACUGAGACAACUAGUACAACUGUAAGCACUAGAACUGCAUCCUCUAGGUAUGUUAGACACCCUCAUGUCCAUGACUCACAUUCAGAGGGCUCCUCUUCUAGGAGCUCAUUUGAUGAGGAGUUGCACACCAGGACCCAGUUAGCUGAGGGGGGUCAUCAGGGACCGGUGCAUACUCCAUCAGCAAUUGAGAUCCAGCGAGUGUGCAGCCCUCGAGAAGCGCUUAGGUCAAAAGCCGUCAUCAAGCCAGCUAUUGUUGAGAUUGACAGGAAGGAAGUAAUGAUUUCUGAACCUUUGUCUACAAAUGGCAAACCCAAGAUCUCCACCAAGCCCAUUGUGACUACCACUAGUAAAAUGACCAGUAGUAUAACCAUCUACCCCAAUGACCCAAGCUCUUCCAGAACUAGCAGUCGCAGCAGCAGCGUCUCCAGUGAACCCCUGUCAAUCAAAGAGCGCCACACAUCUACCAGUAACAUCCUCAUAGGCCCCAGCAGUGACCACCAUGGCAGUAUUUCCGUCCCAUAUGAGAUCUCGAUACCCAAGAGUGAGAUCACAUUGCGGCCGUGCCAGGACCAGAACUGUGGGACAGAUAACCACAAUGACUCCUCAUCAAGGUCCAAACUUCACAACACUUCCAGGGUGGAGACCACCACUAGCCACCUGUGCUGCCAACGCAGCAAUUUUAGCCUCCAGUCUGCAGACACCACCUCUGCAGACUUCAAUGACACAGAAUCGGGUUUUGAGAGUAGCAGCAGCACAACCACAGUCACCAGCUGGAGAAGCCAAAGACAAAGCCAGCCCUCCCCAGAAGACAGUUUACCAGACAUGAAGAAUGUGACCAUGAGAAGCACCUGGAGGAACCGAGGCGCCACGUCAGUGGAUGAGGCUGGUCGAGGACGAGGGGGCACAAAAGCAAUGAUGGAUGGUGGAUCUGAGGAUGAAGCAGAGGCUGCAACAACAUGGAGGGCAUAUCGUGCAACCACCUUUGACACAGAGGAAACUGUAAACAGCGGUGCAGGCGCUGGUGUGAGUUCAACAGCUCAGAAGGGAACCAAGCCUUCCCCUGCAGAGGUGUACAUGCGUAGGAUCACCAGCUCUGUUACAAACACUAAAGAAGCUGAGGAACCACUGUAUCGCAGAGGCAGGCGAUCUCAGUCUCCCACUGUUGAACCUGGAGGCUUGGGAAGAACUUUACCUCAUGCACCUGUUACUUCUCAGUCCUGGAACCGAUCCUACACACAACCACCACCGGGCACAGAUAGCCUAGACCCUAAUCCGAUCCCAAGCCGCAGCCCGGCCUCUUGGAGACGACAGUUACCCACCAGUGAUCUGCAACACCUGGGGAGCUCUUAUGACAGGUUGUCUAAGACAGCAGGAGCCUCUUCCAGAGGAGGGGAGCCAUGGUCUAGUCGAGGACAAGGGUCAGGGGCCAGAGCCGAGGGGAGGAGCGGAGCGGGAAGUAGACCGUGGAGUCACCGUCAGUCUGAACAUCAUUAGACCAGCUGGGUCCGAACAGAACUUCUAUAACAGGAAGACUGCACUCAAUUAAGCUCUCACUGACAGAAGGAGGGCCAGACACCAGUUUUUCAUCAACUAAUGGCCAUACAUACAACCCCCAUCUCCAACAUCUGCAGCUUUUGCAACAAGAAUAAAACUACAAACCACAAACCUGAUCAUGAGUGUGCACCUAGAUCCUGGAGAGCUGGUGCCCGUGCGGUGCCUGAGAGAUCACCCCACCAGCCCACGUUUUCUCUUCUGCUUCUUGUGUUGGAUGUAUUAUAGUGUAACCCUAAAACUUGACAAGGGAGAGGCUGGCGUGCUGGGAAGGACUGAAGAUUUCCCUGCGUGCCAGACAGUUUUUAAAUGGAAGAAGAGUGACUCAUGAAAGUGAGAAUGCCUUUGUCAGAGAAACAUUACUGUAGUCUCAGUGGAGUUGGAUGCGUCGCUAUUGCUUCAACCUUUGUUUGUCACUGAAAGAGACAAACUUGAUCUGCAGUCAGUAACAGUGCUGGUUUAACAAAGCAUCUGCAUCCCACAGGGCUGGAUUGUCACAUAGAAUUCUUCAUAAAACCAAAAGAUCUCUACUUUAAAUGUGACCAAAAACAGGAAGCGAAUUACCAUGUUAUCAGAUUUCUGUUUUCUUUAUCAUCCUGAACUCAUAUCAGUUUAGAAACUGUAUACCAGCCAUGCAUACAUAUCCACAAACAACAAGCAGACACAUGCAUAUUUUCAGUGUAGGGUUAUUUUUAACCUAUGUGGCCACUUUCAGGCGUACAGUGACCUCAAAGUGGUUUUAAUUAGGGCUCUUAGAUAUUGAGUGAACAUUUGCAUGUUUCAAAGUAAUAAAUGAAAAGCACUUGAAUGGUUAUGACGCAGCAUGCCCUUUCCUUGAAAAACAAGAAAAAGUUGUUGGUUUGCCACAUUUUAGAAGCAAACACAACAUUUUUGUCAAACUGGGACCUUAGAUAUGUCUUUUAUUGUGUGUGUUAUUUUGAUUCUCUGUAAUUCGCUUCCUGUUCUGCAUCAUCCUUUCCCUUUCUUCCCAACCAUGUCAAGUAACAAAAAUGUAGAUUGCACGGAAUGAAAUGCAACACACAUAUGUAGGAAAAUAACCUCAAGCCAUGAUACAAGUUUGAGGUUGUGGUGGUGCUUUGCUUCACAGCUGAAGCAACAGUCCUCAUUCAUGUAUUCUGAGAGGGGCAUAAAAAAUUGAGUUUGUGCUAACAAACAUUGGACUUUGGAUUAUCAGCAAACCUGGCCUAACAGGGGGGUGAUUUUCUUUUUUUUCUGUGCUGUAGUAAAUACUGUGUAGUCAUAGGAAAGACUGACGGGGUUGGACCUCUAGCAAGGAAGUGACAGUCCAGCCCUUAUGUGACUGGAUUCGCCGUGCGAAUCGUCCCAGAUUCUUUCUUUUUUUUUUGUCUAUAGAGGUGUAAAACAUUGUGACAUCAUAAAGCAUCAACUUGAGUUGGUGUGUUGGAGCAAUUUCUCAUUGGCAGGAGCCACUGCAGCAGUGAGAGUGCCAUAGAACAGAUUUAGCCACUGGCCAGUAAUAGAAGAAGGUGUUUUUUGUUUGUUUUUGUUAAGAUGAAAUGGUGCAUGUCUAUGACAGAAACCUUGCGGAUAUUUUUAAAUUUUUCUGUAAUUUCCUUCAAAAGUUUUCUGCUAGAUUUUAUAAUGGCUCCAAAAGUUUGUCGGGCGAUGUCAGCUAUGAUCCCAGAACAAAAGUUUCUGAAUGUUACAAAGGAAUGCGGCUGAGAAUGACAAGUUACACACACCUGCAUUCUCAGUUUGUUCAGUCUGCUAAUGUUCGAAGUAACACAAGUGUUACUAUGACAACCCUGAACCUUGUUCUGAAUCUGAUGAACAACGAUUGAAGCUUGCUCUACAUCUGCCUCUGCUGUUGUGCUGUUUGGUGCUGUGCUUUAUUGGACCCUGGUGCAGAUAAUCUGAUUCAGCACAUUUCCCAGUUUACCUGCAUUCUACCAGCCACCAACUAGCUGUAAUAUUUAUUAUUCCCCAUAUAUAUUUACCAGAGGCCUGCUUGGUGGUAGGAGCCCAGCCUGUUGCCACUUUGUCACUUUACUUUUUAUGCAAGCAGGAGAUUAUAUGUACUCCAUCUGUCCUCCAUGCAGUGUCUGUAGAAAUGCCAGUCAUCAUGAUGUAGAAAUAGUCAGAGACGAUGACUCGAAUGAGGAGUUUGCUUGGUCCAAACUCAGAAAUGUUCUUUAUUAAACAAAAAUAACAUUUCCACUCAUGAUUAUUUCUAUUAUGUAUACAAAUAUCUACACCACAUGCAUCUGUGCCUUGAACAGAAACCCAGUGGUAAACUAUCCCUACAAAAAUGACUUGAUACUUAUUGUAAGUUAAGGUUUUGAUUUGUUUCUACUUUUUCUACUUGGAGCAUUGUGAUAUAUUGUAAAAAUAAGGGAACUCCUCCCACAGGGAUGUCAAAACAAGGAUCUUUGAGGACGAUUUUUUUUUCUUUUUCUCUAAACAAAAGAAUAACCUUUUUUAAGGAAAUGUACACACCACCACCCAAAAAGCUACCCCCUGCAUUUGACUGUCCAAGUAGCAGAGUGUCGUAGCCUCAGAAAGAAUCUCCAUGUGGUCUCUUCAUGGCUGCUGCUGGCUUUACGAUAGAAAAAAAAAAGAAGACCAGGCAUGCUGUUAAAAGCUCUCAGUCCAUGUGCCAAGAUCCGAUGGUCAUUUGGUCUGUCUACACUCUCUUUGUUACUGUUUCUACCACCACUCUUUGCAUGUAACAAGAUGUGCCAAUCUCUCAUCUUUUAAACCAGUUCCAACUUUGCUUUUAGGGUUUUUGAGUGGCCAAGUGUUUCUUUCAACCUCCAUCUUCUUCUGUUUCUCUGCAUUUUCCUUGAAUUCUCAUUUCCCAAAAAGCAGAACCUUGGCCUCAGACGACAGUGAUAUGUGUUGUUGGUUCAGAGAGUUGUUUUAUUGAAGGCCAGGGGCCUGUCACCAGAUCUUGACGGGCAGCUCCCUGGGUAGCAGAAAAGUCAGAGGUCAGGGCUUCAUCUAAUCCUGCCUCUACGUCUUGACUCAGGGCUUCUAAAUACAGAAGAGGAGAAGACGGACAGCUUGGCUGAGAUGUCUACUUUGUGGUUAAUUAAAACACACAAGGGUAUUGCAUGUCCAGUUUUGUCUGUGAUCAUGUUGCCAGAGAUGCAUGUGGUCUUCUGUGUGUGUGUGUGUGGUGUUGUCACUGUCAGCAAGCGUUCUUGUUUAAGGCUCAGCGUGCUGCAUUGGACGCUACAGCAGAUCCCAGAGAAAGAAAGCGGUUUAAAAAUGUACAUACGUGGCUGAAAGAUAGUUUUCUUACAAGCUGAUAUUGCAGAGGAGCAAAACGACUGCAAGCAGCUACUAGGUGACGCCAACCAUGCUGCCCUAAAGUUUUGUGUCACCUGUUUUUCUCCAUCCUAUAUGUGACACUCUACUAUGCAGACAGCCCUGUAGUGUCACCCUUCCUCACAAUUAAGGACUACUCUCUCUCUCCUUCGUGUAUUCCUCUUUAAACACAUUUCCUUUUGAAAUUUCUUCGCCAUCCUUAACUUGAAAAGAGGAUUGAAGUCAGGGGGUUCCAGGAAGAGUCCACCUGUCAGAAACUAAAGGUUUUAUGACCCAUUGGAGGGCUUUCCUCCUGGAUAUAGGGGUUCAAAGCAGGCAGGGCUUCUUAAAGGGCAAAGUUGAAACUCCAUCCUCUGCUAUGCACAGCGCCUUUCUUCCUUACAAGGCCCCCAUGUACACUAACACCUCCGCUUACCCUGCUGUACAUCCACACCGUCCAAUGAAACCCGGCUGGGCGCUGUGUGCCAAGAUGAAGACCAGCUGUGACUUCCAUCUAUAUUUUGCACAAAAUGCCACCACUCUAAUGUGAUAAGUCUUUUUUGAUGUUUUCAUUGGUGAGAGUUGGUAUGGUGCUGACAUGAUGGAAUGUACUGAUUAGUCAUCCGGGACUUUACAGGUUUCCAGACUUCUAUGGCGUUUGUGGCACUGUGAAGAAAUGGCUUUGUUCGCCGGAGUUAUGGCAGUUUUAAAGAACACAUGCUGAUUCAGAGCACUGGUAGAAUAGCUGCUGUGGUUUUAAGAUUAUAUUGGACAAGGCUGGUGAUGCUAUGAGAAAAGGAUGUAGAGAACAGAAAGAAAAGAGGUUGCUUCAUACUCAUCAAAUAGCAAGAGUUAUAGAAAGCAUCUACAGGUGUGGUGAAGAACAUAAAAACAUCUGUUAUUUACAGAUGUUUGUUUUUUUUUUAAUCCCAUCCCCCCUUUUUAAAGAGUAGACUAGAAUGUACUUAGUGCAGAUUGGAGUGGUGAGGCAGAAAUUACUCCCAGUACUGAGCAGGCGCUUAUCUUCCAAUGCCUCCAUUGUAAAGCUGGGGUCAUGAUGUCAGAGGGUGGCAUAGGCCGUAAUCUGCACUUAACCAGCACUUAACUUAAAGACCUCAAUUGACUAAUACCCCCAAAGAGCCCCCCCCCCCCUUGUUAAAAAGUUUCCUCUUUUGUGCCCCAGAAUUGUAUUUAAUAACUUUUUGCAGAAUGUAAUAAAGUCAAAUGUGUCGUUUACGUUGUUUUUGUUUUUGCACCAGCCCCAUUGGAGUAUUUAAAAAUCAUUUCACAAAGGAAGACUGGCGUACAGGCAGCCAAGGAAUUGUGUUUGAUAUAUGUUGAGGUAUGGCACCGUGUUUAUGUCUUAGCCUUCAAACAUUGUGCCAAAAUCAUUCCACAGUAUUUACAGUUUACAGUCGGAGACAGUUCCAGUGUUUCCCCCUGAUGGUCACCCUGUUUCCAAGAUGCUGAAAUAAAGGGGAGAUUUUCACUUUGAGGGUUUUCUUUUGUUUUCUGCUAAUGUGUGUUUUUAUUUCUUUGUUAAACAAAAGAUGUCUUAUUUUAGAAUCUAUAUUGGAUAGAUUUUUUUAUUUAAGGAAAAUCUUGUAAUUUUGUAAAGUGGGCCUUAUUAUUGAAAUAUAUUAAAUAUUUGUCCAUUUUGAUUUUAUGAUUGAUAUUUUUUUGCAAGGUAAUGUUUCUUCAUCAGUGCUAUUACACUCCUGGAGAGUUCCUCUUCCUGUGUUUUGUGUUUAGUAGUUUAACAUGAGACAUGUCUCACAACCUGGACAUGAUGACACACUUUGGAUCAGAGAGGGAGAAGCCAGCGUUGCCAUAGUCAUUGAAUAAUGAGAGUUAUGUGUAUUUUUAUCAGGGCUGAGCAGGUCUGCGGGGCUGAGUGGUUUGCCACGUGUUGUCCCAUUUAAACGGGAGCCAGUCAGUACUGCCUUGUCGCUGCUCUGCUUUCCCUCAUAAAUUCAGGGUUUGUACAUCUUCUGCUCAGUAUGUUUGUAUGUGCUGCCAAAGAAAGAAGCAUGCAGCCCCCCCCCCCUUCCCACACAUGUAUAUAUGUAAAACGCACACAAAUAAUCUAACAGGAAACGAGAAUUUAAAGAAGAUAUUUUUACUGGAUCUAUUCUUUUCUCCUCUCAUCCACAGAUAGUUUCUGGCCUGCACAAUCAACGGUUUUAAUAGCUGAGCUUUUCUAAAUUUGUGGGCAGAUCAGGAGGUGUCCAACACAAAAAUGUAUUAUUGAUUAUUUCAUCUCAGUGUGUCAGCAAAGCCAGGUGGACUGUGUUUUGUUUUUUCUUUCAAAUUUUAGAUUUAAUUCAUUGUGCAUGUUUUAACCUUACUGUGGCUGGCGCACUCUGCAUGUAGGUCUCUUAAAGCUGCCAACUGUACAGCAGACCGUAUGUAUUCCAAUAAAAAUAAAAACCGACCUGUUU